CACAUCACCAACAAACUAACAUGGUCCAAGCACACCAAUACAGUAGUGAAGAGGGCACGACAAAACAUAUUCCCUCUCAGGAGACUGAAAUGAUGUAGCAUGGGUCCAUGGGUUGUAUAUUCGGCGCAUGUGACAAAUACAAUUGGAUUUGAUUUUAUACUCCAGUGUAGUAGGUAGCGGUAAUGCAACAUAUGUUGGAUGCCAACCGCCGUUAAUCCUCAUUGAAGAAGAAGAAGCCGUCUACGUGGUUGCUAGGGUGUUAGAACCAGAUACUGAAUAAAGCGUCCCUGGAAGCUCCAUCAGCGGAUUCUGUUGUGAUAUGUUUUGGUUGUUUAGGUAGCAGACCCAGUGCAACUGUUCUACUCAUUUGUAAGGGAAAAUGUCGAUUAUAAUCGCACUUGAUUGAUCUUACCCUUACUGGGACAAGAGAAGAACUUGUAGUUAGAAAGUAACCAUGACAGCAGCUGCUGCUCUACAGAUUGGAGACCAGCUGAUCCUGGAAGAGGACUACGAUGAGAACUAUAUCCCCUCCCAACAAGAGAUCCAUGAGUAUGCACGAGAGAUUGGCAUUGAUCCCAAUCAGGAGCCGGAGCUCCUAUGGCUGGCCAGGGAGGGCAUUGUUGCCCCACUGCCUCCCGAAUGGAAACCCUGGUGCUGAAGUGACCCCCUCCUCUCCCUCCUCUCGCAGUCAGGACGUGUCGGGGGACGUGUACUACUUCAACUUCUCCUCGGGCCAGUCCACCUGGGACCACCCGUGUGACGAGCAAUACCGCAGCCUGGUAAAACAGGAGCGCGAACGAGCCGGCACCCAGCCCCACGGACCCCCCACCACCGCCGCUAGGAAGAAGGAGAAGAAGAAAAAAGACAAGAAGGAGCCAAAGAAGAAGGCGAAAGACCAAGAGCUCCUGAAGCCACCAGGACCGUUGAGCUUGGCCCUUGGACCUCUGCAGGCCCCAUUGGGUAGCCUGGGGAGCCUUGCUCCUCUACGGGGUCUUGAUGGCGCAGCCUUGAGGGGGUCCCUGGGCAGCUCUGGAGGGCUGGAGUCCCUGAAGAGUCCGCUUGGGGGUCCUCUCUCAAGCCUGGGGUCCAGCCUACUGGGAGGGCGACAGGAGGAGCGCGUGUCUUUCUCUCUGCCUGGGUUUGAGGAUGAUGAGGGUAACAUCUCAGAGGAUGAGCAGCCGAGUCCUCUUGGCUCGGCCAGACUGUUACAGAACUUGCACCUGGACUUGGAUGCGUUGGGAGGAGGGCUGCAGUAUGAGGACAGCGAGGCCAGUGGAGUGGCCCCACCAGAGGAGAGGACAGAAGCAGAGCUACGGGACCUGGCCCUGUCUGGAGAGCACAGCCCUGAGCCCCCCCCUCAACAGCAGUCCGAGGCCAGCGAGCACAUGGAGGUGGCCUCCUCCUCCACCAAGGACCUCAGGUCUGGUUUUGGCUCCAAGUUGUCAGAGACAGUCCUGGACCUGAAGGAUCUCUCCCCUGCUGUUAGUCCACUCUUGCAGGAUGAAGAGGGCAAAGUGAAAGUCAGUGCGGCAGAGGAGAAGGAACGGAGGAAGAGGGCAGAAGCUGCAGAGAGGCGUCUUCAAGCUGCAGGCAGAGAGGAUCCAGCAAUGGAGGACAGGCACCCCAGCCAGUCCAGUGAAUCCCAACAGGACACAGGGUCCUCCCAUUCUGAGCCGGAGCCCCGGCCGCGGGCUGAGGGGGUUAGCACCAGCGCCAGCCUAGGGGUGCCGGGGGUCCAGGGGGUCAAGCGGCCUGACACCUCCAGAGGCCGCCUAGUUAGGAGCCCUCACAACCACUACAAGGAGGAAGCCCCCAGACAGGGGGCGGACAGCAGAAGGGCCCAGGAGGAGGAGAGGGACAAGGAGAGGAGGGAGACUGAGAGGGAGAUAGAGGAGGAGAAGGAGCAUGCGCUACGUGAGAGGCUGGAGAAGGUGCGCCUACUCCAGGAGGAGCUGAGGCGGGAGGAGGAAGAGGAGGAACAGAGGCUGAAGGAGGAGAGCGAAGAGAGGGUCAGGAGCCUGAGGGAGAGGCUCCAGAGUAAGGGGAGGGAAGAGGAGAACAGGCUGAGUGUGGAGUCUGAAAGCAGGCUACUGGAGCUGAGGGAGAUGGCCCGGAGGGAGAGAGAGAACCAGCAACGCAACGUUAGGGAGGAGGGCGAGGCGAUGCUGAGGCAGCUGCGUGCCACCCUGGAGGCGGAGAGAGAGGCGGAGCGAGAGAGGAUAGAGGCCCAGAGGAGGCGGGACCUACAGCGACUGAGGGAGGAGUCAGAGGAGGAGCUACAUGCGGAGAAGCGGAGACUGCUUGGGGAGCGGGAGGAGCAACUCGACUCCCUCAAACAGGAGGGGAGAAGCAGUGCCAGUGAGAGGCGGAGGGAGUUGAAGAGCCCUCGUAGCCCAGAGCAACAUCUAGCAGAGUACCAAAAAGAGUUGGGAGACGUGCUCCAGGAAGUGAGGGAGGAAGUGCAGCGUGACCACGGCAGGAAGCUGGAGCAGCUCAAAGACGACCACCACAGAGAACUCAACUCAAUCAGAGACAAUUAUCUGGACCAGGAGGCUGUCCAAAGGGAGCAGUUGCUGUGUGCCCUGCAGGAGGAGAGAGAUCGCCUGCUGGCCACCCACAGCGCCCAGCUGGAGAGACUCCGUACACAGCUAGACUCCCAGCUCUCCAAGACCCGCCAGACGCACACACGCAAGGAGGCAGGGAUUCAGGAGCUGGGGGACAAGCUGGAGCUGAGAGCCAGAGAACUGAAGACCCAGGAGGCAAUACUGAAGACCCAGGCAGCGAAUUUGAAGAAGAGGCGGCAGCAGCUUGGGGAUGAAGAGGAUGAGAUAGACAGAGGAAUAGAGGCUCUGCCUGGAGUCAUGCAGGAGAGAGAUGGACUGAGAGAGGAUCUGGAGCGGGUGGAAGGACAGAGGGACAGGGCGAGGCAGGAGGCGGAGAGAGCGAGGGAGGAGAGGACCAAAGUGAGAGACGAGUUGGAGACAAUUAGGGAGGAGAGGGACAAAGCGAAGGAGGAGAGCAGGAGGAUGAAGGAGGAGCGGGACCGGUUAGAGAGCAAGGUGGAGCUGCUGCAGGAGCGCUGUGAUCGGCUGUGCCGCAGAGUCAGUGAUUUGGAGCAGAGUGAGAUCAAGAGGCCUACUACUAGACUGGACAGAACAGAGGAGGAGGAGGCGAGGAAGGAGGAGAAGGAUAGCGAGGCACCGCCCUCUACUGCUGGACGGGAGAAAGUGCUGCAUGUGGAAGAUCUGAAAGAACCUCCUGUCUUGGAUGACUUGCGUCAGUAUAUCUCCUCUGAGGGGCUGUCCCUGCAGAAAGCCCGGCGCUUCCUGGAGAAGGAGAGUGGUCGUCUGAGUGAGAGACAGGCAGCACUGCAGGCAGCUCAGGCCCAGUCCAGCUCCUCUCAGUACCCCAACACCACCAGCCACGCCCAGGCCACACAGGAGAUGUACAGGAACCUGCAGCAGGUGCGUGAGGCCAGUGACGUGGAGGAGCUGAGGGUGACUGUGAAGAGGGGGAACUCGCUGCUACGCAGGAAGGAGGAGAAACUGCAACAGCUAGAGAGCUCCGUAGCUGAAGAGGUCUCCCCUCAUCACUACUAUGAUGACCAGGACAGACUGGUGACUGAUAGGAAGGUGGCCUUUGAUGUGACUGAAUCGGAUAUGAGCAGCGUCAGCAAUGGCCUUGAUGGCCCUGGUGAGGAGCCCACAGUGCCGGCUAAGGUGCAGCACUUAGCUGAGUCGCUCCAGCACAUCUCUGGCCAGCUCAGCACAGUCCUGGGGGCCCUGGGCUCCCUGACCCAACGCCAGACCCCUUACCAGCCUCUCCCCCUACCCCUGCCCCUCUCCCAGCCCCGAACCCCCACCUCAAUGCCUCUUUCACAGCUCUCCAUGCCUCUGUCUGGGCCCUCCUGGGCGUGGGCCCCUCACAGCACCUCCAUCCAGCCACUGGGUUCUGAGGACCUGCUCAACAGCCGCUGGGCCAAGCUCUUCCCUGGGGCUCCUAUUGAGUCCAUAGCCACCAGUUCCUUGAGGACACAUACGCUUUAUUCAGGGUACAGUCCUGCAAGCGAGCAGGCUCGUAGUCUGUCCUCCAUGCAGCCUAAGUCGGUGGAGAUGGAUGGCCAGAGGCUACAGGGUCUGAUCGACGGCAACAAGAGAUGGCUGGAGACACGCAGGAAAGACCCCAGUGUACCUCUGUUCACACGUUAUCGGACCCCCCCAACUAUGAGUGGACUGGUCCAGCUGAGCCUGGAUGACAACAACCAGAUUAAAGUGUACCAUUACUAAAGGGGGGUGGGUGGAGUUACAUACGGAGCAAGGAUCAACAAGCAGAUAAAGAUGUACUGUUACUGAAAAAGGGCUCAGGACAGGGGUGGGUUUUUAAAAUUAACUUGGAGUAAUGCAGGGAUCCCUCUAGCUCUGGUCCAGGGCGUUAGAGGAACGCCCUGGACCAGAGCUAGGAUUCCUCUACAACCAGGUUUACAUAUCAGAUUACUGUAAGAAACAUUAAGACGUCUGUCUUCUGGUGAACUCCGCUUUAGCUGUGAUUGUGUUUCAGUGGACUCAUUUUAUUCCAUUGGCAUGCAAGGGUGAAUAUCUUGGGAUUAUGGAGACAAUAGCCCCGUAGUCAACAAACCAGUUUGUUUCCCAAUUUUUUGGCCUCUAGCUAUUUAAAUGUUUCAAAAGCAGAUUGCAUAGUUGUUACACAUACAAUAGGUGCUUCACUUUAUUAGGAGAGACAUCUCGAGGUUGGAGUGAGAUACUGUUGAUAGCUGACAUAAGAUCAUUGUCAUGGUAUCAGGUUGUACAACAGACGCAUCACUCAUUCCACUGUGUGAGAAGUUCAAGCCAUACCAUAAUAACCACUACAAGGGCAAGACAAUGACUUGUGAGGGAUUCGCAGUCUUUAUGAAAUUCUGGUAAGAGGGACUCUUCCAGUGUUUUACUGUGCAUAGACGUGACAUUUUUACCAUAUUUUUUUAUAAGAAAUGUUUUAAUAAAUGUAAAGUGGUGUAUA